CGGCAGGGUCGCCCCCGGCCGGGAGCCCCGCCCCUCCACCUCCAGCCCGCGGGCGGGGCACCCGGCCGGCCGAGGAUUCCGCGGCCGCGGGCGGGCACGCCCCGCCCUCUCCCGCGCCGGGCCCGCCCCCUCCCCGUCCCCCGCCCAUCCGAGGUGCAGCCGGCGCUGAGCGCGGCAGGCGCGGGAGCUGGCGCUGGAGCCGGAGCGGCGGCGGCGGCGGCGGCAUUCACGGGGCGGCGGCGGCGGCGCGGGCUCCGGCACGGGCUCGGGCUCCGGCAUGGUGCAAUCCGGCCCCGUCCCGGGAGAGCGGAGCCCGCGUGCGGGGCCGGCGCCGGGGGAGCGGCGGCAAAGACGGUGGCGGUGGUGGCUGCAGGCGCAGGCAGGCGGCAGGUGCUAGAAGCGGGGCUGGGCGAGGUGUGUGCCCGCUGGGCUCCGGGGCCGCCGCUCCCUCACUGCCCCCACCUCUCCCUCCCUUCGGGCUUCCCAGCGCGUCCAGCCCCCUGUCUCCGCGACCCGGCCCAUGGCGCCCCGCGGUUGAGCCGGCGCCGCCAGGGACCCCUCCCGCGGGCCUCCCCGGGGCGCGCAGAUCCCAGAGCCGCCCGCCCACCAUCCGCGGAGCCCCCCUCCCCUCCUCGCCCGAGCCGGGCGGGACCAUGGCUGCGAAGCUGCGAGCGCAUCAGGUGGACGUGGACCCGGACUUCGCGCCGCAGAGCCGGCCGCGUUCGUGUACCUGGCCCCUGCCGCAGCCAGACUUGGUCGGCGACGAGGACGGAGCGCUGGGUUCAGGGGUGGCCGAGGGCGCUGAGGACUGCGGGCCGGAGCGCCGAGCCACGGCCCCGCCGAUGGCCCCAGCGCCGCCGCUGGGCGCGGAGGUCGGACCGCUGCGGAAAGCGAAGAGCUCCCGGCGGAACGCGUGGGGGAACCUGUCCUACGCCGACCUCAUCACCAAAGCCAUCGAGAGCGCCCCGGACAAGCGGCUCACGCUCUCGCAGAUCUACGACUGGAUGGUCCGUUACGUGCCCUACUUCAAGGAUAAAGGCGACAGCAACAGCUCGGCCGGCUGGAAGAACUCCAUCCGCCACAACCUGUCUCUGCACACCCGGUUCAUCCGCGUGCAGAACGAGGGCACAGGCAAGAGCUCCUGGUGGAUGCUGAACCCUGAGGGCGGAAAGACGGGCAAGACCCCGCGGCGCAGGGCUGUGUCCAUGGACAACGGGGCCAAGUUCCUGCGCAUCAAGGGCAAGGCCAGCAAGAAGAAGCAGCUGCAGGCACCGGAGCGAAGCCCCGACGACAGUCCCCAGGGCGCGCCAGCCCCGGGACCCGUGCCUGCCGCGGCCAAGUGGGCCACGAGCCCGGCCUCCCACGCCAGCGACGACUACGAGGCGUGGGCCGACUUCCGCGGCGGCGGGAGACCCCUACUCGGGGAGGCGGCCGAACUGGAGGACGACGAGGCCCUGGAGGCCCUGGCGCCGUCGUCGCCGCUCAUGUACCCGAGCCCGGCGAGCGCGUUAUCGCCCGCGCUGGGUGCGCGCUGCCCGGGGGAGCUAACCCGCCUGGCCGAGCUCGGGGGCCCGCUGGGCCUGCAUGGCGGCGGCGGGGCGGGGCUGCCCGAGGCGCUGCUGGACGGCUCGCAGGAUGCGUACGGGCCGCGGGCCCGCGCCGGGACGCCCGCCUACUUCGGCGGCUGCAAGGGCGGUGCCUACGGCGGGGGCGGGGGCUUCGGGCCGCCGGCGCUGGGCGCGCUGCGCCGCCUGCCCAUGCAGACCAUCCAGGAGAACAAGCAGGCCAGCUUUGCGCCGGCCGCCGCGCCCUACCGCCCGGGGGCGCUGCCCGCGCUGCUGCCGCCACCGCCACCCGCACCCAGGCCCGGCCCGGUGCUGGGCGCGCCCGGGGAGCUGGCGCUGGCGGGCGCGGCCACCGCCUACCCGGGCAAGGGGGUGGCCCCAUACGCGCCACCGGCGCCCUCGCGCAGUGCCUUAGCCCACCCCAUCAGCCUUAUGACGCUGCCCGGCGAGGCGGGCGCGGCGGGAGUGGCGCCGCCGGGCCACGCGGCCGUCUUCGGGGGCCCCCCCGGCGGCCUCCUGCUGGACGCGCUGCCGGGGCCGUACGCGGCUGCCGCCGCAGGGCCGCUGGGUGCCGCGCCCGACCGCUUCCCGGCCGACCUGGACCUCGACAUGUUCAGCGGGAGCCUCGAGUGCGACGUCGAGUCCAUCAUCCUCAACGACUUCAUGGACAGCGACGAAAUGGACUUCAACUUCGACUCGGCCCUGCCGCCGCCGCCUCCCGGCCUGGCUGGGGCCCCGCCCCCCAACCAGAGCUGGGUGCCGGGCUGAGGGCCGCCUCCCGCGCCCCCGGUGCCCUGCCCCGCCCCCCCCAGGGGCCUCUGUCUUCCCAUCCUGAUCCCCGGGUCCCCACUCCCAUUCCCGCUCCACGGAGGGGAUCCAGGAGGCAGCCCCAACCCAGCUAGAGACAUCCCUCGGAAGCUGACCGCUGAGGGAAGUGGUAGGGAGGGGCUGGGGCACCCUGCCAUUCUUGCCCAGACUCCUGAGACCCGCUCCCCCUCCUCCCAAGGGCGGGAAGCCUGGGAGUGGAGGUUGGAUUCCGGGCUGGGUGGGAGUAGGGAGGAAUGAGGUGGGCCGUGCUGGUCUGGGAAGCCCACCGGGAGAUUGGGCGGGGCGGGGCGGGGUGGGGGGGCGUCUCCGAAUCUUCAGUUUCCUUUGCGGGGCCCCCGCGUGACGAAUCGCCCACCCCAAAGUCGAAUCUGAUCCCCAGUUGACACGUUCCCACUGGUCUUAGCCUCACCCACCCCAAGCCAGGAACCCGCUCCCAGAAACACACUCACACCUACCUAUUGGCUGUUCACCCUGAGCUGUCCUCCUUCGGCCCUCAACCACUCUCCGACCUCCAGACCCACAGUUCAGCCCCGCCCACUCAUCCUUGCCCGCCUUAGUUUCUCCCCUCCCGGGUGGAAGUCCCUCUCCCUUUCCGCUCGUCCCCAUUCCCCAGUACUGGUCUCAGCCUCCCCAGUGGGCCUCAGCUCCGGAUCCACCCCCCAAUCCGACACCCCUUUCUCCGUGCCAGUCCUGGCUCCUCUCUCCCCUAUUUAUAAGUGUCCGGUCGGGGCGGUCUGUGGGCGCGGCGUCCCCGGCGCAUAUCGUAGGCAGUGUACCGUGGCCGUGCCGUCAGCGUGUGCGUGUGCGUGUGUGCCGUGUCGAGGCCGUGUAGAGUGCAUUGUACAGCAUAUUUUCAUGAAUAAAAUUGUUUUAAAUAUU